AUGAGUCCCUUCCAAUCACUUUAUGGAUAUCUACCUCCACACUUAGCUUUUCCUUCUUCUGCCACAACAUCUGUUGCUGCUAUUGAAGACUAUAUGAAACAGAGAGAUGAUGUCCUUGAUAUUUUGAAGGAUACUCUACAUAAAUCACAGGAGAGGAUGAAAUUCUUUGCUGACAAGACCAAAACUGAUAGUGUGCAAGCUUAUGUGGCUUUGAGAAGGAACCUCAAACUAGCAUCCAAAUAUUAUGGCCCUUUCACUAUUAUCCAGAAGGUUGGUGCAGCUGCUUACAAACUUCAAUUACCAGCAGAAGCCAGGAUCCACCCAGUCUUCCAUGUCUCUCAGCUCAAGAAACACAUUGGAAUCACUCACAUUCCAUCUCCUUCUCUACCUGUUCUAGAUACUGAUGGCUCCAUUUUGGUAAUUCCUGCUGCUGCCUUGGACUCUAGAACUAUAUUACGUAAUGGUUUUUAUGUUCCUCAAUUGCUCAUCAGGUGGACCAGUGCUUCUGUGGAAGAUGCUACAUGGAAAGAUGCAGCUCAUAUUGCCCAUCAUUUUCCUAAAUUCCAUCCUUGA